AUGGCUGAUGCUGCCUUUGUGGGCAGCAGACUUCGCGAGCUGGCGGAGCUUGGCCAUGGGGAUGGUCGAGCGGAGCUGAUCGCGAAGCUUUAUCAAAAGAUAUCCUUUGUGGAUUGCUGCUUCCUCCAGAACAAGCCUCUAGGCAACAUAGAGCUCGACCGGAAGAGCUGGGAGGAAGCACUCGAUGGCCAACGCAAAGCACCGGCUCAGGUGCACAUGGAUGAGGCCGAGUCGCAGCAGAGCCCGCAGAGCUCCAGCCCGGGCCAUGCCAAGACAGAGAUUCUGUACAUCAAAUCCUUAGAUGCCAGCCGCCGUGGUGUUUUGCAGUUGCACAAGGUGUCUGAGCCCAUCGAGGGCUACAGGAUUUUACUACGUGCGGAAGAAGUGUGGGCACUAACUGGGAGAUCUCAACUCUUCUCCAACUUCUUCUCCAAACUGCAAGACGGACUGAGCUUGGAUACAGCCCAAGCCUGGAAAGCAACGUAUGUGUUGCAGCCGCGAGGCUGCCGACCAGACGUGCAACUAGGGGCCUUGAAGCUUCUUUCGGUCCUACUCGAGACUUGCAUCCCGCGAAAGCUGAAGAUUCAGCUCCUGCCAAUCAACGAGGAUUGUGUCUUGGACAUCACCAACGGUUUCCUCAACAUGGACCGCUGGCGAGGAUUUCUUGAGUACUCGGACAUGAUGCAGAGGUGGCGGCAAUCUUGCAAAGCGGUCUCAAAAGAGGAUCAGAAUAUCGAGAGAGGCAUACGGUUGCCUUUGGCUGCUUGGUUCAUCUUCCGCCAGCCACAUUCUGAAAUCUUCAAGGACCAAGUGACCUGGGGCAGGCUUCAACGACGCCUGCUCCACACUCUAAGCCAGGCGGCCGAGAAGCAAACAUUGCAAAUCGCCCAGCCGGAUAUGCCUCCGAUGCAGCCUGAUUACGACUUCCAUCCGGCAAACAAGAUGCUUGGCUGCAAUCCUAGAUUCUGGCAUGUCUCCAUUGACAAGUUGAGUGAGCGACUCUGUUGGCACACCAGUCCUCUGAACCGUCCCCCCGGCCUCUUCAGGGAUGGGAGAUUGCUUCGCGGAGAUUGCAAACCUCGAUGCCAGCUCGCAGUCGACAGGUUUAUUUCUCGAGGCGGUGGCUUCUGUGCAUCCAACAUGGAUGCUUCCCUGAAAGACGUCGGAUUGGAGAACAUGACCUCUGCGGAUUUUAUGUUGCGAUACUGCCGACGAACUGAAUUGGAUCUGAAGGAGGCACUGAAGUCGAUGAAGUACAAGUCUGUUGGGCUGGUUUGUGACGCCUCCCCGAAAGCCAAGAUGGUAUGGCUUCCGAUCCUCGUGAUGCCCGAGACUAUCGGCAUCGGCACACUGCAACGUCUCAGCACUUUGCUACCUUCGACUGCAAGCAGCGAUGACAAGAUGAAAGUGGCCACGAUGAUAUCUGAAUCUCGAACAAUGAGUGUGCUCGCCGAGAUGCACAAGAAAGAUUUGAAGAAGCAGCUGCCCAAGGCCCUCAACGCGAUCAAACAGGACAAAUUGUCAUCAAGGCAAGAACUCAAGGCUGUGGUGAACAUCCUUAGCCACGUUGGUGUGGAAAUGGAUGGCUUUUUUCCCACGCAACCUCUGCUUCCUCGAGGUUGCAAUGAGGCCAGGCAGGUCUACAGGGUGGGCUCCGAGAACUUUUCUUUUGUGCACAACAAAGAAAGCGGCGACUGCCGCUGGGAUGUGCCGAUGCACUCCGCUUCCGAGGAUGCCAGGCUUGUGUUGUGUGCAGACCAGGGGUCACCGCUUUACUCAUGCUUCCAAUUCCUGGCACAUGCCGGGGCGAACAUUUUGCUGAUCCGAGAUGAGCUGCCCUUUGCUUGCACAGUAGAUUUCGUUUUGCACAAGCCGAUCGCCCGCCCCGCCAAACCCGACGACCCGUUGAUGCAAAUGUUUCAGCGAGAUAUUCUGAAGGAGAACGAUUUCGAGGAAACCUCGGACGAGAAGCUGAACUUCCAGAGGGUCAUGGAGGUUUUGACGAGCGAGGAGAUGUUCUCCCUCUUCCGUGUGGCUCGCAAUGUCCUCGACCCCUUCAGAGAGCUGUGUAUCUGUCUUAAUGCCCUCCGCGACCACACGCUGAAAAUGAAUGGACCAUUCUUGGAAAAGACCCUGACCAACUUGGCUGAGACGGCCUUGAACGCCAGCAGUCUGGGCAUGCUCCCAGACAUUGCGAUGCGCGGAGAUCAGGAGCUCCGGGUGAAGUUUCGGAGGGUCGGGACCGUCCUCCGUGAGGGUUUCGGGAUGUUCCUCGCAGCAGUCCACGAGCUGGAGCAGUACGCUCUCUACCUCCGGAGUGCUCCGCACAAGGCUGCCGGACUUGUCUCUGUGUGCUCCGACCCAGCGACGAAGGACCGGAUCUUGGCAGAGCUGAGACAAGAAUGGCUUUUGGUUCUGGAGCUGGAAGGCACCGCAUCCGGAGCAGCUCUCUUGAAGGCCAACUGUUUCCAUUGCACUUUCCAGUGCUUUCGCGAAAUGAUGGGUGCUUUUGAGAAAUGCGACUGGAACUUCUCAGACUCUUCCGAAGCCGCCGCCCUCACUGGUGCCUGGUUCCCGUCGUUCUGCCAGUCGGCAAGCUUAGAGUCGAUUUUCGGCGACUUGUCCGACGCAUGCAAGAGGUCUGGCCGCAACGACUGCGGCAGUCUCCCGAACUUGCAGUGUGUAGCUGUGAGGAGCUUGCAGAACAGGUUGUGCCUCAAGGAUGGGGCGCCCGGGCAGGUUGAGGUACAGAGCGAAGAUUGGGAGGGCAACCAAGCCUACGGCAUGAAGCCCAAGGUGUUCAACCCUGCCUCAGCACCUCCUUGUUUCCAGGCUAUGAUUGAUCCAUUUGGCCAAAAGCUGUCCUUCGACAGCAUUCUGAAGCCGUUCCCGGCGACCUCGGCAUGGUUCCACACGCAGCACAGCUUGAACUACAUGCAAGGAAGGAACCCGGAAGUCGCGGCCGCUGGCUUCUGGACGAGCGACUGCUUCGCCGCUGGCAUGCUGCUGAUGUACGACAACAAUUUCUACGUAGCCACCGGCAAGACUCCGGGUGUUCUGCACGCAGUUCUCUUGAGAGAGCUGCCUCACGAGUUCCGUGGUGCGCUGCCGGAGCAGACGACGGACGAGACGCGAAUGCCCUGCAAUGUGCAGGCAGAGGAGGACCCCCUCGAGCAGGGGUCGGCUACCAAAGCUCUGACCUUGGACGUUGGAAGACAUCGGUUGAGCAAUUUGUGUUUGAAAUGA